AUGGUUAAUUUAGUCGAUACUCUUAUGAUUAAUACGGUGACGGAAGGAGCAAUGAAUAUUUUACGCAAUAUCGGCAUAUUUAAAACAAAAUCUGUUUCUCCACCUCCACCUGUUCUGAUCAAAAUGCCGUUGUGGGAGUUAGCACAAGAAGCAGGUCCUUUUGUAAGGAUCGCAGGACUUAGUGGGGCGGCUGCUGUUGUUUUGGGUGCAAUGGGAGCUCAUCGUACUUUCCCGGAAACAGAAACAAAGGAAGACCUAAAGAAAAUAUUUGAAACAUCAAAUAGAUUUCACUUUUUACAUACACUGGCUCUCAUGACUGUACCUCUUUGCAGGAGACCAUAUAUUGCUGGCGCAUUCUUUAUUGUUGGAAUGGGCCUCUUCUGUGGAACCUGCUACUAUCAUGCUUUUACCGGUGAAAGAAAAUUCAGACGUCUAACACCUAUUGGGGGCUCUUGUCUUAUAUUGGGAUGGAUUGCAAUGGUGGAAAGUGAAUAUUUCUUGGACACUGCUAUAUUGCUAACUACAAUUCUACCAGUU